ACGCUACGUGCCUCCGUAACUCACGACUCUGCGUAGGGCACUCGUCAACACUGCAGGUCUUCACUUUCAGCAGCUGUAGCUGAAAGUCUGCACACCCGCUGUGUAUUCUCAGCCAGCGAACGCUGAAGGAAAGGAAAAGGACAUCAUGGCUGCAUCAUGCUCCCCACUGGACCCAGAUCUAAUGAGGGAGGUCCUUGAAUGCCCCAUCUGUUUGGAGACCUACAAUCAUGAGCAACUGAGACCCAAACUCCUGCAGUGUGGCCACACGGUGUGUCGACUCUGUCUAGAGAAACUGUUGGCAAAUACUAUCAACGGUGUCCGCUGCCCCUUCUGCAGUAAGGUAUCUCGAAUGAGCAGCAUCUCUCAGCUGGCAGAUAAUCUCACUGUGCUCAAGAUUAUAGAUUGCACUUUGUCCUGCAGUGCUGCCACUGCUGCGCUAAUGUGCAAGUCCUGCUGCAAUCGCCUACCAAGACAGUACUGUCACGAUUGUUCCACGGUUCUCUGUGAAGUCUGUAAGGGGGAGGGCCAUCUGCAGCAAGGGCAUUUGGUUCAGCCGAUUAAGGUGGCAGCUGAGCAGCGGCGUAAAGAACUGGGUGGCAAACUGGGUACUCUCCGUGAUGUCAUGGGAGAAAUUCAGAAGAAAAAGACAGCAAUUGAAAACAUUUCCAAGUCCUUGAGACAAAAGUACCGUGCGGUUCAACAGGAGUACACUGCAGCUGAGCUACAGCUUCAAGAGGAGCUCAGCAGAUCUAGAAAGAUUUUUGCAGCCUCUUUGGGAGAAGUGGAAAAACUGAAUGCACAGGUCCUAGAGGAGCAGACCUACCUUCUUAAUCUUGCGGAAGUAAAAGUGGUGUCGCGCUGCGACUACCUGACUGUGCGAGUAAGGCAAAGUGAUAUUGCCUUGCUAAAAGAUGAUGGUGCAGGAAGUGAUGAUGAAGAGCUGGAUUUGAGGAGCAGUUUGUCUACACAAUUUCAAUUGCAAGAGCCAGCGCUGGUCAGAAUGGAACACUCUAAACCUUUAGAAGUGGGCCAUUUGACAACAAACACUUACACUGUCAACACAGAGGAUGAGAAGGUGGGGUUAGAAAAUACAUUUAAGGGUGAUUCAGUGGGUGUAGCAGGGCCAGGAGGUGCUACAGGAGGUGCUGUGAGAGUUUCAGACGAUCUUUACAGAGACAUUGACAUGGUUUCAGCAUUAGAGGACGCUGCAUGCGGGUCACCAGGCAGUUUUAAAUCAAAGUCUUUGGAUGCAGGAUGUGAAUCAACUGCUGGGGCAAGUUCAGGGCCACCAGUCUGCCAAUUUGUGAAGAAGAUGGGCUGUAAGGGUGCACUUCCUGGCAUGUUUAAUUUACCAGUCAGCAUCUGUGUAACACAUCAAGGUGAGUUACUGGUAGCUGAUCGUGGAAACUGCCGUGUCCAGAUAUUUAAUCGUAAAGGUCUCCCACGUGAAAUCCGACGCAAUGCCAGCAUUGACAACUUUGUCCUUAGCUUCUUUGGGGCUGACCUGCCUAACUUAAUCCCUUUAUCAGUUGCUGUGACUCCACAAGGCCUGAUUGGUGUGACUGACAACUAUGAUAAUUCAGUUAAAGUCUACACCAUGGAUGGACACUAUGUAGCUUGCCACAAAAACCAGCUAAUUAAACCCUGGGGAAUUACAGCCAUGCCGUCAGGCCAGUUUGUAGUGUCGGAUGUGGAAGGGGGCAAGCUGUGGUGUCUUGCAGUGGAUCGCAAUGUGGGCAUUGUCAGCUACAACCGAUUGUGCUCCGCUGUACGACCAAAGUUUGUAACAUGCGAUGCAGCAGGAACUGUGUAUUUCACCCAGGGCCUGGCUCUUAACUUUGAAAAGCAACAGAAUGAGGCCCACCUGGAGGGUGGCUUCUCCAUUGGUUCAGUGGGCACUGACGGCCAGCUUGGCAAACAGUUCAGCCAUUUCUUCUCAGAGACGGAAGACUUCCGCUGCAUCACUGGCAUGUGUGUGGAUUUUAAUGGAGACCUGCUAGUUACAGACAGCGGUAGGAAAGAAAUCCUCCAGUUUCCCAAAGAAGGUGGAUUUAAUAUUUUAAUCCAAGAAGGCCUAACCUGCCCUGUAGGAGUGGUCGCCACUCAGAAAGGACAGUUACUGGUGCUGGAUUGUUGGGACCACUGUGUCAAAGUGUACACCUACAUUCACAAGAGGCAUUCUUCCACUUCCUAGACGUACUGUCCUGUCUUAUGUCCAGUGAACCUUUGAAGUUCAUUAGGUGUGUUUAGGUUGAUCUGUGUGAAAGUUUUGGAGAAAGGAAGACUUUACUGUUGUCACUUUAGAGUAGCUAAAUCAUAGACAGUUCUCACCCUGGUUUUUAUUGCGUUACAUUUAAGAUCAUUUUUCCUAAGCAAGCUGCCCCUUUAGACCAAACAAAAGAAGCCAUUGCUGUCAAAGCGUAUGAAGCACAAAGCAGACAUGAUAUCCAUUCUUCUGUUAUUGGCUGUUGUAUUCCUCUUUUAGCUUUAGUGCGUGUGUGAUGUGCGACUUACCCUAAUUCGUCUCCGCUUUGCACCAGAUAAAAUUUGGAAGAGGGGCUGAAAAUAAACCUACAUUUGCAUUUGAAAUAAAACAAUGCAAGGUGUUUGGCCUUUGAAGCACUUUAUUCUUGACACAUCACUGUGCCCCACUCAUUGGGUUUCAGUAGCACACUAACAUUAAUGCUGCUGAAUAUGGCUGGUGGCUUUAAAGUUUACUUAACAUGUAACUAAUGUCAGGAAACAACCAGUUUUCAUUAAUUAGCCUUCUGUAAUGGUCAGGAGACAUUAAAUGUAGAAUAUAAACUAACAAAGACAAGAAUAUUGAAAUGCUAUAUUGUAACCUGAUGUGUUAGGGAAGAAACAAGUGACUAUUUAAAGGGGUUUAUGGGAUUUAUAUUUAUAUUCCUAAAUAGAUUUUCUUUUAGUGUAGUUUGGUUUAUACCACUUAAGUGGUAUUUUAUUUUUAUUUGAUAAUGUGUUCAAAUAUAUGUUUCUUUUAAAUCAACUCUACUGAAAGCUUAUUGCCACAAUGUGGAAAAAAAAUACAAAUAAAACAAUCUAAAACAAACGUUUAGCUUGAGUAACACCAUUACCGAUGGUCUUUACAACUGUUUGACCUACUUUAAUGUCUACCUCCCUUUUUUAUUUCUCCACUUUAGUUUCAGACUUCAUUCUCUUUGGUUUGUUGUCUGUAUGAUCAACAAGCUUGCAAUUUAUCACAGCAGUCUUUACUUGUGCAUUUUGUAAAGAAUAUAUCCUUUACAAACAAAUACAAGUUUUAACAUUUCCGAUAAAUCUAUGUUUCUUGACAAUUUAUGUUCAGCUGUAUUGUAAAAUGAUCCAAAAUUUUGUUAUGUUUUGCUCUUCCAGAAGGAGGAUAGAUUAAUGACUUCCAUCACACAGACUGCAUUCAGUGUUAGACUGCAGCUGGAGGACAUACUUGGAAACUGGAAGUAACUUAAGUUCAAAUUUAUAUUUUCAGUGCCAUAAAAACUGUUUCACUUCCUGCUGGGGUGCAUUGUUGUUGCAUCUCAUACAAAAAGCAUCGUUGAUAAUUUUAUUUUAAAGACAUGCUUAUAUUCUUCAAAUUACUGAACUGACAAGAACAUUUAGAGUGAUAUGCUACUGGAGAAAACAGCAGAAUUUGGAGCUUAAAUUUUAGUUGAGCUCACAUAUUUUUACUGGUUUGAUUUGUUACAAGAAUCCCUGAUUUUAUCUGAAUUAACAUAAUAACUCACCUCGGUGUGUUGGCUAUGUACACCGAGUUAAUGUUUACAAACUGUUCUAGGCAAGGAGCUCUAUGACAUUGUGUCCCCAUGCUGCAGAAUGCUGACCUGAGUGUUAGGAACACUGCAACGAUAACAAGAGAAAACUGGAGCAUUACACAAAACCAGUGUUUAACUGCAACAGAGAACCAAGCAAGUCGCACACGUUGGUCUUCGUGUGUUUAUGUCAUUGUUCAGUAAAACAGUUCUGUCAAUAUUUUCUUAAAAAUAUCAAUGCAAUAUUUGGGAUUUUGCAUUGCAAAGAGGCACAAUAUAAUUACUUCAUCAGUGGCUGAAAUGAAGAUUGAAGAUCACGUCACAUUAUGUCUGUGAAAACAGUCUUCCAUUCUAGGCUUGUUCAUCUGAGCAUAUUGCAUACAAAUUUAUUCACAGCUAUUAAAAUAAAUUCAUUUUGUA